CAAAUAUGGCUGACAGUGUUUCAUUCGAAAGGCUCCGACAACAAUAAAAUACGAAAUGUCUGCUACGGGUGAUGAAUUUCAAGUUGUUUUUGUGAUAGAUGUCAAGGGUAGGCACGAGAAAGGUGCCGGUGAAUGUAGAACUGACAAUACUAUAAAAUCCAUUCAGCUAGCGGUUUUAAAACUCCUCACAUACUUCACGAACAAAAACACCCGCUCGGUGUUAAAAUGGGGAGUGAAAUAUUACAACUUUUGUGGUAAGUCAGAACAAAUACGUAAGUAUGGGUUUAAAGACUUCAGUGGGAAAACAUACGAAGAGUUUGAAGCAGAGGUGGAAAGACUAUUACACUCCGAAAGAUUAAAACUGGAGAACCGAGUUAAAUCGCCUCACAAAAACAAACUUAAACAAAUGCAAACAUUGAUUGAUGAAGACUCUAUCUAUAACGAUAUUAAUCUGAUCGGGGAUGCAGAUGACGAAAAACACCCUUCCAUGAAAAUCAGAGAAGCCUUGCAACAAGCAGCUAACGAGUUUCACUGGGAUCGACCUUUGUCUGUAUUGGGAUCACCUGUACGCGGCAAGCGUUCUCAACAUGCAGUCACAGUAGCUGACAACAUACGUGGCUUGACAGGGAACCACAUUUUUUUGUUUGCUGCCUGUCCACAGAGCAGCAGUGAUUUGUGUCGAUUCACAGAGUGCUACAGAGAUGAUUUUCAGCCACACCGCAAUGCUUUCAUUACAAGAAACCUGGAGAGAGACCUGCAAUUAUCAAGAAAGAUUGAUGUACAUUGGAUUAACAUUGUAGAUAAUCCAGUCAAGACUAAAGAUUUCCAUGGAAUUGAAACAGUGGACAGAAUAUUUUGUGAACUUAGAGGUGGUGUUCUGCCGAUAGAAACAGUUGUCCAGUUAAACACCAGUGUUGGACAUGUACUUCUCCCUUUUUCAAUCCAAAGACAGCACAGCUCAGAGUUCUUAGAAUAUUCUGAUGAUGGUGCCACCAGUAGUUGCAGAUCAGAGGACAAGAGAUCCUGCUUUUCUUUGCCUUUUUCCUCUGUAUUAGAUCAUUAUUUAACAAAACGCAAAGGUGACACUGAUAAGAGCCAACAGCAGAAAAGCAAGGCCUAUACAUUGUUGUGCAAUCAGUCAGAUGGCAAUGCAGAUGUUGUGUGUGCACUUUGUUUACAGCCUAUGUUUAGUCCAGUGAAUCACAGAUUCACUGACAGUGCUGAUAAUAAUGCAGCCAAGAAAUUUGUAGUCAGGAUGCCAAGUGAAGUAGAACUUAAAAUCCAGUCAGUUGACUCUGAGACUCCUGAGGUUUGCAGUAUGAUCACAGUUAACACAGCUGACACAGCAGUUACAGCUGACAUGGUGCAAGACCAGGAUAGAGUUGUAUCAGAAGUUGUCCCUGCUGGGUUUAAGUGUAACACAUACCAAAUAUGUGGCACAAUAGAAACUGGCAGCCUUCCUUUGGAUUGGUUUGACUGUGAUCGGGUGUAUUGUUGUACAGGGAACACCUUUGACACUAGAAGAGGCAUUGUCUUGGAUGAGGCAUCUGAAACAUUUCAGGCUCUCUUAAUGGAGCUUUUUAAACAAAAAUUAAACUUGGUUCUUGAAGACAGCAGCAGAGGGGUGUUUCCUUCUAAAAUCAUGCUGCAACCCCUAACCCCACUAAGUGCAACCCUGACUACCAUCAGACCAGCCAUGGUGUUACAGUUGGAGAAACUGCUCUCCUUGCCACGCCCAGAUAACACAGCACAAUCUGCGGGUCUGCAGCACUUUGUCACAAAAAGUGUGAAGCACAUUCAGUCCAUUUUAAGGCCUGCUGUACCUCAGUCAGUGUCUACACUUGCACAAGAGGAAGCCAUGUCACAUCAAUCUGAUCACUAUGUUUUCCACUGUGGCACUCUAGAGCAGUGGCACCUGGCAGGAAACCACUCCAAAGUGAAUGACUUUGUGCAGGAGUUUAGGACAUCUUCAUUCGGUAAAAGAUGCAGUACUGAGUUACAGAAGAAACUUGCCAAAUACUAUCAGAAAGCAGACCAACCUAAAACUAUGAAAGGGCCCAUGGAACUCGAAGAAAUGUUUAGUACUGCAAAGCAAAACAAUGUGGUUGGGGAUGGCAAAAAUCAAAAGAAACAACUAGAGAGACUGGCAUCUUCUAUCAAAACCACCAGGGGGAAGCACCUUGUGGAUACAAUUAAUCACAUCAAGACAAACCAAAAGAAAGGUGAAUCUGAAUCCAACUCCAAUGUCAUAGAUGAGGGGGAAAUUAGACAGAAGAAACUUGAGGCUAAAGUUAAAGAACGAAGAGAUAAAAUACAAGCCAAUGUUGCCAAACAUGAUUUCACUGAAGAAAGGGAUUUACUUAAGAGUCUGCAUGAAAAUUACACACAGUGCAUUAGUGGGAACAUCUCACCUAUUUCAUGUGCUCAGAGUUUGGUCAACGUUAUUGUGCACUUUUCAAAGAGCUUUUACCCAGAUAAAUAUUCUGAGAAAAGCAGAGGAUUAUUGACAGAUCACUUCCUAAAAUCCUACAAAAGCUUAAGAGACAAUCACAUGUCAGAGAAUGGAGAAAAUGAAACCAUGAAAAUUGCAGAGUAUCAGCUGCAGGUAUUGAUGAGGAUUGAGCUGGAGUCGGCAUUACACAAUGGCGAGGAGGAGGUGGGAGAUGCCUGGGUGGAAGAGGUGGCUAAUAUGCUAAGGAGAGCAGCUUUUUCGUCAGAUCCAGCUUUCUUGCCACAAUUCCUAAAAGAAGUGGUUCUAGAAAACUAUGUGUAUGUCCUGCCAAAGACUGUUGGGAGGAUCUAUGAAGAACUUAUGACUGAGCCUCCUGAAGAAUAUGCAUAUCUGUUUUCCUGUGAGAAUAGUGACAAAGAUGAUUCCAUGAACCAAUCCAACCCCUCUAUAGCUGAACCACCAGCCCCAAUGUCCCUGAGGUCAGCUUCUUCCAUUGGGUCAUGUUCUAAUGAUCCUUGGUCCAACAAAUCUGGAAGUAGAAGCAGAAGCCUGGUCUCUCACUCCAGUUUCACAGAUGCAAGUUUAAAACGACAGAUCAUGAUACCACAAGUGAAAAAACCAAAAGUGGAAAAGGCAAAAGUCCGGGGUGCAAGGCCUGUUACAAGAAGUAGUGCAAAAAAGAGGAGUGCAAGAAAAAAGAAAAUAAUUGGGCCCCAAAUGGAGGUGACAAAAGUAAAAAGAAAUCUGUUUCUGGGUGGAGAUGUUGCGGGUCAAACUUUCAAGGCUAAGACUAAUCGUUUGGAGAGGCGCCACACCAUGGCAGCGAUUCCCACCAAUGCAUCUCAUACCCCUAAGAAACAUUCCACUCCUAGGAAACAAACGCCUGUAAAAACUCCCAGGAAAACCCCUAAUAAGAUGAACACGCCUAAGAAGGUCAGUCCCAGACAUGCUAGACACUCCAGGAAAGCAAGAUCAAGACACUGCAGUGGACAUAUAGUCAAAGAGCACCACAUCCUGAAGACCAAGAUGGUCAGUGAAACCCCCAGACACAAGCAGGUUGCCAUGGCAUUACGUAAACAAGAAAGACAACAAUCAGAGACAUUACAAGAUGUGGUUGUAGUUGAAGAAUCUCCAGAGAAAGAUCUCCUUGUAAAAAGUGCAGAUUUAAAUGCAAGUUCACUGCUGAAUGGCAGUCAGAAAGUGAAAUGUAAAGUCCAGGGGAAGUCUAUCUUGGCCAGGAGAGGGUCUUUCUAUUCCGAGGCAUCCAGAACUUUACAAAAGCACAGAGAACUAGCAAAAAGAAUUGCAGGUCAUCAGCCUGUGAUUCCUCUUCAUCCAGAAAUGAAACUAAAAUUAAAGACACCAGUGAGGAAGAGGGGUGAUUUCUUGCUUUCUCAAAUAAGGAAAAGUAGUGAAAAGAAGAUUGAAAAUGCUGGAGAAUCUCAGGAUCUAAAGAAAAGUACCCCAGACAAAACUGGAAACUGCACACAGGUUACAAAUAGUACCACUGCUGUCACUCCGAGGAGAGCAACCAAGAAAGCACUGUUUCUUUCUCCAGUUAGAACCCCAACAAGGACAAAGACUCCAACACCUAGAAGUUCAACCCAGGAAGAAACCUCUUGCCACACCAGUCUAACUCCAAGAAAAACACCCAAGAAAACAGGCACUCCAAGUUCUGUAAAGAGAGCAGUCUUCAAUAAACUGGCAACCACUCCAGUGAAAACUUACCAAGAGACACCUGUUUCUUGUUCUACGAAAGUAUCCAAUGUUUGUAUAUCUGAAACACCUAGUAAACUAACCAACCCAGAUUUUGUUUCCCCAGCUAAACAAACUGAAUUUGAGUGGCUGACAUGGGUGAGCACAACACCCCAGAAGGCUGGUAGUGGUAUCAGUUUAGAGCAAUCUUCAUUUGCUGAUACACCAAGCAAGAAUACCAGAUCAAGGACAGAAGUGGGACAAUAUGAUGAACUUGGUGACAAAAAUGGUGCAUCUAGGUGUCAGACAGAUGAGGGGUUAUCAGACAUUCACAACAAGGAAAGUAAUGCUUUAACAGAGGCAGUAAAGCCUGCUAAAUUAAAAGUGGAAAGGCAAUGUGCAACAGACAGUGAACAGUUAACAGAACUUGACACCACAAACCAAAGCAAAACAUCAAAAGUGCAUCGCAAACAAUCAGAAAGGCGGGCUGCCUCAAAUUCUACAAAAUCAAGGAAAAAGUUGGACAGUUCUUCAGGCGUGGAGAGUGAAAAUGAUACCACUCCUAUGAAAGGUCAACUGUCAAUCAAAACCUUUCUUCAGCACACUCCUCCUCAAGAGACUUUACUGUCGUCUGCCAGCCCCUUCACCCCUCCACCCAUCAGAGUGCAAACAACCCCAGAUACAUUUGACAAAUGGCACAGGAGGAAGUCUAGGCAUGGAUUGCAUUCACCAGCAGCUGUGAAAACUAAAGCUGCUUCGAGUAUAUUUAAUACUCAGCCUUGCCAAGCAAAGGAGACAGGAAGCAAAAGGCAAAAAAGUAGAAGGUCGAUCAGUAAUGGCCCUUCACCAUCACAUGGCAACUUGGGCAACUAUGGCGAGGGUAAUGUUAUUGCAAAAGAUGAUGAUUCAGAAACUGCAGAGAAGGGAUGCAAGGACAAUUCUAUGCUGUCUCAAAAUCAAAAUGAAAACAGUUCUCUUUCUUUUCAUGACUACAUGGUAUUUCUCAGCCCCAGUCAUAGGAAAACCAGAAAGGCUGCACAGGAAGGGAAAAUGAGUGAUGAUGAAAGUGUCAUCCAUUUCAAAGCUGCUGAAGACCAGGGGUACAGCUUAUUUGAUCCAGAGUCUGCAAUUCAGUAUAAUAUAAAUGUUGCAAAACGGGUCCUUAAGUCAAGUAAUGAAAUUUCAGAAGGAACUACAAUUGAAAAAGAAGUAUGCAGAAAAGAUAUACAGGAGGCUGAAGAAGACUCACUUUUAUCAAAUAAGGAGUUUGCUGAGAAAAGGCGGGUCCUAAAACGUCAUAGCAGGUCAUUUGACAGCCAGUCAUCUAAGGAAAGCUUUAACACACAAGGAUGGUUGCCAGAGAGAGUGAGUAGAGGACAUGUUAAGGAUACUGUAGUUGAACCCCACCAAACAAAGCGUAGUCCACCAGUUCUAGCUGGUGACAUAUGCAGGGAUGUCUCCUCGGAUGACUCAUUGAAAGAAAAUAAGGUGCUUAGUAGAAAACGUACAUGGACAUCUCCAAAUGAGAUGAGAACGUCCAAAAGGCUGCGCACUAACACUCAAUCUUCCCAUUUUGAUACAGAGGACAGUUCUGACAGCAUUUCAAUGGAAAGUGGAGAUGAAUUUCUUAAUGAAAAUGAGACAAAUUCGACCUUUUCCUAUAGUAGUCAUAAAAGGGCGGUGAUGGUGCAAAACACUACAAAUUCUGAUUUACUCCUUGAUGGAGUUGAGGCUGUUGGAUCACCAAUGCAUCAGCGAAUUUACAGCUUGAGGAAAGGGCGCUUGAGAUCAUUUAGUAGUGACGUUUGUCACAUUGUCAGUGGUAGUUCCCAUCACUGCGAUGAGUUGAACAGUAAUGUGGAGAAUAGCAUAAGUAAACCCUACAUUCAGUCAAGCAAAGGAAAGUCGGUCAGUGAUGUUGCCGAUUUACAAACAGCGAGUCCCCAGGGAUCAGAAAAGCAGUCUUCUCCUAAAUAUUCGCCAGUGUCAGCAAUAGGCCUGUUGGGUUUGAUGAAUUCCCCCAUAAUUAAUACUUCUAAUGUAGGUGCAAAACUGGAAGUCAACAAGGUCGGGGAGAGUGAGCAAAGACCCAGAUCGCGUAGGACUUUGAACAUGAAAAGUGCCAAUAACUGACAUUUACUUCAUUGAAUUGACAAUUGUUGUGGUAUUUCUAGUAAACACGUUAAUGAGCAGUUGAUUGGAAAUUGUGAAUUUUUAUUUGCUCAUAUUUCAGACCGUAUCUAGUCUUACGUGUUUAAUUUAUAAUAUUUAUUCUUAUAUGUUUUCUUUAUUUCUUUGUAUUUGAACUUCAGAAUAAGAACAUACUAUUGACUGUAAUUGAACCAGUGCAUUUAUGCAAAUAAUAUUUUAAAGCCCUUUUAUUACAGAAAUAAUGUGGUUGAUAAGAAAAAUUGAUACUCUACCCCUGGUCGGAGAGAAAUCGAGAAUAAGUGGCACAAAUACUCCAUGAAGCAGAUUUUUGAUUGUGCUUUCGUAUUUUUUAAUGACAGUCUUCACCUGCAUUCAGUGCUCUGUAUAAUCGUUCGUGAAGUAUAAUUUCGGUGCCCGGUUGGCUUUACAAAUGCUGGGAAAGUUGUCACGAAGAUUAAAAAUUGUGAUAAUGCAGUAUUGGCCCAAAUAUUUAUCAGACCUUUAUCGCAACUUUUAUCACAAUUUGCUGUCUACUGUUUCCUUUCGACCAAAACGCCAGUGAAAGUUUUUAGUAUCUUUUUUUUAAUAUCGUCUUGCGCGAACGAAAUCCACUGCCGUCUGUCGCCUUGAACGGUUGCACUUUUUAAGGUGUGGUCUCUAGUUACCGGGGCUUUUAUUUUUAAAACUUUAUUAAAUAUGCGAAACUAGUUUCGAUCUAGAAACGUCAUGCACAUCUCAGUUAAAGCAGGGGUUUCUAAUUACGUUUUAACGGUGUGGGGGAGGCUCUAAAAAGUCAUUGUGUGCAAUGCGGCGAUUAAAAAUGUUAGUGAUCCAAAAUAAAAA